CUGCGCGUAGAAGGGGAAGCGGGCGGUCAGCUGAUUUCUUCUCUCGUCACGUGACUCGCUGGAAGGCGCUGCUGUCACGGCGAAGGGAAUGGAGGAGCAGUGACGGGGAAAAGACCCCUUCCGGCGCCUGCCGUUUCCCUGCGCCUCGUCUCUGCCUGCUGCUCUCUGCCCGCUGGGCAGACCCGCGCUUAACUUCUCUUCCAAAAUCAUCAGUGUCAAGGUAAAGUGACAAAAAUGACAGAGUUCUGGCUGAUCUCUGCUCCUGGGGAGAAAACGUGUCAACAGACAUGGGAGAAACUGCUUGCCGCAACUACAAAAAACAACAACCUCUCCACCAAUUCAAAGUUUAAUAUUCCAGAUUUAAAGGUUGGCACCCUUGAUGUUUUAGUUGGCUUGUCUGAUGAGCUGGCUAAACUGGAUGCAUUUGUGGAAGGAGUUGUCAAGAAGGUGGCCCAAUAUAUGGCUGAUGUGCUGGAAGACAGUAAAGAUAAAGUUCAAGAAAACCUUCUGGCUAAUGGAGUUGACUUGGUCACCUAUAUAACAAGGUUCCAAUGGGAUAUGGCAAAGUAUCCAAUCAAGCAGUCUCUGAAGAAUAUUUCAGAAAUAAUUGCAAAGGGAGUGACUCAGAUUGACAAUGAUCUAAAAGCAAGGGCAUCAGCAUACAACAACCUGAAAGGCAACCUUCAAAACCUGGAACGGAAGAAUGCGGGGAGUUUGCUAACCAGAAGUCUUGCUGAACUUGUGAAGAAAGAUGACUUUGUACUUGAUUCUGAAUACUUGAUUACAUUGCUAGUGGUUGUACCAAAGAUCAGUUACAAUGACUGGGUUAAGCAGUAUGAAACUUUGACAGAUAUGAUAGUCCCACGAUCCAGCAAUGUUCUUUCCGAAGACCAGGAUAGUUAUCUCUGCAAUGUCACCUUAUUCAGGAAGGCAGUGGAUGAGUUCAGACACAAAGCCAGGGAAAACAAGUUUAUGGUCCGUGACUUUCAAUACAAUGAAGAAGAGAUGAAAGCAGACAAAGAAGAAAUGAACAGGCUGUCUACUGACAAGAAAAAACAGUUUGGGCCUCUUGUCCGGUGGCUGAAAGUGAACUUCAGUGAAGCUUUCAUUGCAUGGAUUCACGUGAAAGCACUACGAGUCUUUGUUGAGUCCGUUCUAAGGUAUGGUUUGCCGGUUAACUUCCAGGCUAUGCUCCUCCAGCCUAACAAGAAAACAAUGAAGAAACUGAGAGAGGUUUUGUAUGACUUGUACAAACACCUUGACAGCAGCGCAGCAGCUAUUAUUGAUGCAACUAUGGAUAUUCCAGGUUUGAACCUCAGUCAGCAGGAAUACUAUCCAUAUGUGUAUUACAAGAUAGACUGCAACUUGCUUGAAUUCAAGUAGAUUGCUUCUGACCUUGACAGUCCUCAGUGUUGAUGUCCAAGCAAAAAUGAGGUGGAAGAAUGGAUGAUGCUUCUAACUCUCGUAAAUCUGUGCUUGCUUCUUCCUUCCUUUACCUAGGAAAGUAAUCCCCCAUAGUGAUCCAUCUCUUGACAUUUUCUUUUUAAAGAGAAGUGUAAGUAUUGCUUUUAAUUGAUCAGGUCUGUAAAUGUAUAUUGAGAGAAUCAGAGUGUAUUUAUAAAUAGGCAUUUAUUUAAAAACUGAGAAACAAAAGGUCAUUCCUCUUUCGUACAGUGGUCUGUAUAAAUUCCAUUGAAUAUCCUCCAUGAAGACCUUGUUUACAAAGGACAUUAGUGGGGGGGAAACUUAUGCCAUUUUGUUCACCGUGUUUCAUAGAUAUGAAGCUGUAAACGUUGAAUUGUGAUGUAAAACAUGUGGAGAUUGAUAGUCUGUGCUUUCUGAAUGUUUUAAAUUUACGAUACACUAAGCACUGGAAACAUUCACAGGAUAAAAUAAAAGCACCUGUCCAACUGUA